AUGACGUGCUAGCUGUUUUCGAUAGUUUUUUCAUAGUCUUAAUCACGAUGAAAUUUUAAUCUUCAUCUACACCUAACUUGGCUAACUUUAUUCUUAGAUCAUUAUACAAUUUUUGUUCAAUUUAUGGUUAAGUGGUCUUUUUGUUAUGCCUAUAUACCACGAAAUACGUCAUAUAAUAUACUAUAUUAAAUAUAUCACAUAGUUUUUUAAAUGUGAUAACAGAAUUAUGAUACUGUUAGGUAUUGAUAACAUAACAUCAACUUGUAAAAUAUAAAAUACAAAUAAUUUAUAAUUCAUAUUCUAGUACAUAACAAAAUAUAUUUUAAAAUAAUUUUUAUAUUAUCUAAAAUAAUUUGUUAGUUUGUACUUCAUUAAAAAAUAAUUUAUUUUAUUAAAUUCAUAUUUUGACAUGGGUGACAUUAAAGAAGAAGACUGGAAUUUACCAGAAUGCAAAUACGAAUAUUUGGACCAUACAGCAGACAUUCAAAUACAUGCAUGGGGAAGUACUUUAUCUGAAGCAUUUGAACAAUGUGCUAAUGCUAUGUUUCAUUACAUGACAGAGGUGGAUUACAUUGAAAUGAAAGAGUCAUAUGACAUAGAAGUUGAGGGUCACGACAUGAUGACUCUUUUGUAUAAUUUUCUUGAUGAAUUAUUGUUCAUUUUUAGUGCUGAACCUAAUUAUAUUGCUAGAAAAGUACAAAUAGAAGAAUUUGACACAACAACAUUUAAAAUUAAAGCUAAAGGCUUUGGAGAAGAGUUUCAACUUGGAAAACAUCCUCAAGGUACAGAAGUUAAAGCUAUAACAUUUUCAAAUAUGCAGAUACAUGAAAAUGAAGGAAAAUGUGAAGUGUUUGUAAUUUUGGAUAUUUAAUAAAUACUUAGAUUUUUGUUUAUUA